AUGUUUUUUGAUCGAACGCGGCAUUUCACCUACUCUGACGGGAACGGGUUGGCCCGGCACCGCCUACUUCCGGAAACACUCAUCAGCUUAACGACAGCUACAAUCCAGCUACAACAACUCCACAGAUCUUUGCACUCAAAUGUUCCAACACCGCCUCGUAGUUCGCUACACACAACUCUCUCGAGUGGUCUCCCGCCGUCACAUUUAUCCCAGCGAACACCAACCAAUUUGCAUACGCCCAAGUUCUCCUCUCGCCAAUCCUCGCGGCUACGAGAUCGCGUUUCCAUAAGUCCGACUCACCGUAAUGGUGGUGUUUCUUUCUUCGGACCAAUUACUGCCCUACACGCCAGACACAAACGAACCCUCUUAUGCCGAGAACUGAGUCGAUAUCACCUGUCACUUCUGCUGUGGAAAAAGAAUUUUUCUCACCCGUUUAAAUGCUUCAUUCAUCUUGCUCAAUUCUUCCUUCGGUUCCAUCACGUUUUCCUUUCACUUUCCUUUUUUUUUUUCUUGAAAGUCUUCUUUCCAUUUUCUGUUAGCCUAACUCUUUUUGAUUGCCUUUUCGAUUUUCUUCCUGAGGCAUCCACCCGGAUCCAGCAGUCGGAUCCAGUCGGACCCAGUCGAUCGAGAAACACUAAGGCGAAAUGUAGUAUAUUCUUGAGAAAUAUCCUCUGA